CCCCAUGCUUCUACCUUCACUUUACAGUGAAAGAUGUCACGUCUUCAAACUUCUACCUCAGAAGAUGACUCAACGUUUCAGUAUUCUUAUUACCUUCACCAAGACUCAAGCUUCCCUCAUAACAAGUCAAGCCUUCCACCAAUUCCAGCUCUGACAUCACAACCCCAUCAUCCAGAUUACCACCUACCCGCUACACAUCAUUGCAUCUCUACUAUCAAAGGCAACAACUCCUACAUCUCCUCUCUUGUCAUUGGUGGGAAGUUACUUUACACCGGCUCUUCUAACAAAGAAAUUCGGAUGUGGAAUCGUGAUGGCUUAAGGUCUGAAGUUGAUCAUGAAAAUCUAAGUGAUAGCUUGAUAAUCACAGGAAAGGGUGCAGUGAAGUCACUAGUGGUUUCUGGAGACAAAAUAUUCAGUGCCCAUCAAGACCACAAAAUACGUAUAUGGAAAGUUGAUGAAAAUGAGGGACGACAGCAGAAGUUAACUCACUUGGCCACACUCCCGACAUUUGGGGAUAGGGCCCUUAAGCUUCUAAUACCAAAGAACCAUGUACAGGUGCGCCGCCACAAGAAGUCCACAUGGGUCCAUCAUGUUGAUGUCGUAUCAGCACUAGCCUUGUCCAGGGACAGCUUGCUCCUUUAUUCAGUCUCAUGGGAUAGAACACUGAAGAUUUGGCAGACAACUGACUUCAAAUGCCUAGAAUCAGUAGCUAAUGCACAUGAUGAUGCAAUAAAUGCACUUGCAUUAUCGAGCAAUGGGGAUGUUUAUACUGGAUCUACUGACAAGAAAAUAAAACUUUGGAGGAAAUCACCAGAAAGUAAGAACCACACUCUGGUCAAUAUGCUAAACAAACACAAAUCUGGAAUUAACGCAUUGGCAUUAAGUACCAAUGAGAACAUUCUGUACUCUGGCGGAAGUGAUAGGUCCAUCAUGGUUUGGGAGAAGACUGAUGAGGACAAUAUGGUGGCAGCGGGUAUUCUCAGGGGACAUGCUAAGUCCAUACUAUGUUUGAGUGCAGUAUCAGAUCUGCUGUGUAGCGGCUCCGCAGAUGAAACCAUAAGAAUUUGGAGAGGAAUAGGGAAAUGCUACUUUUGCUUGGCAGUAUUGGAGGGGCACAGAGGUCCAGUUAAGUGUUUGACAUCAGAAACAGAUCACCGUAGUUCAUCUGAUACAUCAGCUUCUUAUCUUAUCUACAGUGGUGGUCUGGAUUCUGACAUUAAAGUUUGGCAGAUUUUAAUCCCUCUAUACUAGAGGGACUUCCUUAUUUCAUAAUUGGUUUUAGAUUGUAUGACAUCAUAGUGGGAGCCAUAUUUCUCUUGUUUUUAUUCACUCUCACCAGUUUAAGAAAGGGAGAGAGACUAGAGACUGGGAUGCCAUUACUCCAUCAGUACUAGAAUGCUGGGGACUUGGCUUCAAAGAAAUUCAGGAGUGAUUACCUUCUAAGGUAAUUAAGUCAUACGUGUGGGCUUUUGUAUGAAAGUUACUGUGCUGCUAGGUAUGAUUAGUAUAGUACUGCUUA